CUAGCAUGUAAAAUUCCUUCAAAACUGAAGAAACUACAUAAUAAGUUAAUGAAAGUGAUUCCAUUUCUAAAGAGAUGAAUAAUAUUUAGAAGAAGAUUUCUAAACAUCAUCAUAACAUUAAUUAACCUCGAAUUGGAUCUGAUUAUUAAGCUAAGAUUAUUACUUCACCCAUUCAUAGUUCAAAAUGCAAAAGAAACUUUGAAACAUUAAAAGUUUGGGAUGGUAGUUCAAAGAAACAUUUAAAGCUUGAAGUAGAAAGAGAAAGAAAAAGACUUCGUUAUUUGAUGGGUAGAGAAUUCACUUAGGAAGACACUAUACUUACUAUGUUUUUUAUGUAUAACUUUGAUAGAGAUAAAGUUAAUAAAGCAUUGAAUCUCAAGAAAGAAGCAAUAUAAACCAAGAUUUUACUAUGA